ACCAGGUACACCAGGUACGCGAGGUACGCCACUUAUCUUAUCCUACCUAAAUCCAUACGUAUCUGGUUUGUACCUACUCUCACGAUAGAAUCAGAGGGGAGAGCUGUCCGAAGAGAGGCAUCGUUGGCAUCGUUGUCGCUUACAUACCUAAUAGCUACCUAGGUACAUACCUACGUACCACGAUUCUUCAAGCUUGGUAUGAGCAAUUAGGUACCUACACACGCUCCUCUCGACGGCGCAUACCCUCCAUCCCUCGUUGGCCAUGAUACUACAACAACUACCGGCGCAAUGAGCGAGACGUAUCCGACCAUUGCGCAAUGCGCAAUUGUCGCGACCGCCUUCAAGAUCCUUCUCUUCCCAGCUUAUAAAUCGACCGACUUCGAAGUCCAUCGGAACUGGCUGGCCAUCACCAACAGCCUCUCUCCCUGGGAGUGGUACUACGAGAAGACGUCGGAAUGGACUCUCGAUUACCCGCCUUUCUUCGCCUACUUCGAGUGGCUUAUGUCUCAGGUCGCGAAGCUCGUCGACCCCGCCAUGCUUCGCAUUAGCAAUCUGGGAUACGAUAGCUGGGAGACCAUCUACUUCCAGAGGGCCACAGUCAUUGUGACCGAGUUGGUCCUAGUAUAUGCCCUCCAACGGUUUGCCGAGUCUGCGCACGCCCUGGACAAACGAGCCGCCCAGGCCGCUGCCAUUUCAGUCCUUCUCUCGCCUGGCCUUCUCAUCAUCGACCAUAUCCACUUCCAAUAUAAUGGCGCCAUGUAUGGUCUUUUACUCCUAUCGCUCGUUCUAGCGCGCCAGCGAUCUACCCUCCUCGCCAGCGGAUUGGCCUUCGCUGCGCUCUUGUGCAUGAAGCACAUUUAUCUCUAUCUCGCGCCGGCAUAUUUCGUCUUUUUGCUCCGGGUUUACUGUCUCUCGCCCAAGUCCAUCUUCAGAAUCCAAUUCGCCAAUUGCGUCAAGCUCGGUACUGGUAUCUUGGCCGUCUUCGCUACGGCCUUCGGCCCUUUUGCUCUCAAGGGCCAAAUUCCUCAAAUUCUUAGCAGAUUGUUCCCAUUUUCGCGCGGCUUGUGCCAUGCAUACUGGGCACCCAAUGUAUGGGCCUUGUAUUCUUUCCUCGACCGGCUCUUGAUUUUUGUUGCGCCACGCUUGGGCCUGCCCGUGAAGGCUGAAGCUAUCAAUAGCGUGACAAGAGGUCUCGUAGGCGACACAGCCUUUGCAGUGCUCCCGGAGAUCACGCCCAGAUUGUGCUUCACCUUGACUCUCCUCUUCCAAGGUAUCCCCUUACUGAAGCUCUUCAACCGUCCGAGCUGGGAUGCUUUCAUCGGAGCCGUGACGCUGUGCGGUUACGCCUCCUUCCUAUUCGGAUGGCAUGUCCAUGAAAAAGCCAUUCUUCUCGUCCUCAUUCCCUUCAGUCUCAUUGCUCUCAAAGACCGGCGCCACGUCAGCGCAUUCAGGCCACUGGCCGUCUCCGGCCAUGUAUCGCUCUUCCCACUGCUCUUCACCCCCGCUGAAUUCCCCGUCAAGACGAUAUACACCGUCUUCUGGCUUGUUCUGUUCCUCAUGGUCUUCGAUCGUCUGGCGCCAGCGUCUCAGCGGCCCCGGUUCUUCCUCUUCGACAGGCUGACGAUUCUAUACAUCGCCGUGAGCAUCCCGUUGAUCGUGUACUGCUCCUUAUUGCACCAGAUGAUAUUUGGUGCCAGAUACGAGUUCUUGCCACUCAUGUUCAUGAGCGCGUACUCGGCUUUGGGGGUUGUCGUUAGCUGGGUAGGGUUUAUGUUUGUGUAUUUUACCUCGUAACUUUGGCGAUGAUAGACUUAGAUGGGACUACUCCGGUUUAUUAUAGAGUACCUAUUAUACUUGUUCAAGAUAGCAAUUAUAGAACAGACAAGGACAAAAUAAAAUAGAGCAAAAUCGUUGAUUAA